AUGGCUCUUGCGAAUCCGAUUCUGCCUGGAUUCAAUCCAGACCCCUCGAUCACUCGUGUUGAUAACGACUUCUUUCUUGUUACUUCCAGCUUUGAAUACCUUCCAGGACUGCCCAUAUACCAUAGCAAAGAUUUGGUUCAAUGGAAGCUCAUCGGCCAUGCCUUGACUAAGAGGAGUCAAAUCCACAUCGCAGCCCCUGAGCCAGGAGGAGGUGUUUGGGCACCAACCUUGAGAUAUCACGAUAAUGUGUUUUACUUGGCCACGUCCAAGUUCGACCGAUUCCGUCCCCAACAAAACGAGCGGGUAUUUCCACGAGGUUUCUAUAUUAAGACAACGAACAUAUGGGACUCGUCAUCUUGGUCAGAUCCUGUGUACUUUGAUGUGGUCGGACUCGAUCAAGAUCUCUUUUGGGAAGACGAUGGAAGUGUAUACCUGUCUACCACUCACGUAAAGGUCAAUCGAUCACCUGACGCAGACAUAUCACAACUCGACUUUGCCAUCCACACCUGCAAGAUAGAUUUAGAGACCGGCAACUCGAUCUCCAAAUCAGUGAUGAUUCGCGAAUCCCCAUCUGGGAUUGCCGAAGGCUCCCAUAUUUAUCGACGCGGAGGGUAUCAUUACCUUCUCACAGCAGAGGGCGGCACUGGCUUUAGGCACUCUGUGUGGGUGUUCCGGAGCGAGAAUGGCGUUCUGGGGCCUUGGACACCUUGCCCUAAUAACCCUCUGCUGAGCACCUCUACCAGUCACGAGGUACAGAACACUGGCCAUGCAGACUUUGUCGAGGAUGCGAAUGGACAAUGGUGGGCCGUGUUUCUUGGAGUGCGGCCGAUUCGAAAGAGCGACGGCGUUUGGCAAGAUUCCGUUUUUGGGCGUGAGACAUUCCUUGUCCAGGUGCAAUGGAUUGAUGAGUGGCCGAUGAUCAACCAUGGACAGAAAAUUUACCUCGGCCCAGAGCCGGAACCUCUCACCCGUGUUCUCUGGAAAGAUGAAUUUGCCGAGCCUUCUUUGAAUUUGGGAUGGUACAGAAAAAAUACAACGGAUAAGACCGACUAUUCUAUUAUGAACAAUCCAAGUCGUCUUCGCCUGCAUGGUGGGCCUUAUAACCUUUCCGUCCCGGCUAGCCCGACCUUGCUUCUGCGCAAGCAGACACACAGGUUCUGUGUCUGGGAGACCAAGCUCUCGUUUCACCCAACAGCUGAACAUGAAGAAGCGGGAUCAGUGGUUUGGUGGAAUUAUCUCACUUACAGCAGUAUUGGAAUCCGCAAAGUGGAUUAUGGCAACAACGGAGAUGCCACAGCCAAAGCGAGAAUUAUCCGCUUCAGAUCAGCAGACUGCGAGGUUGUCGAACGCAAGCUCCAUAGUUUUGACUCAGAUGUUGUUCUAUUGAUCAGAUGCGGUGACUCUAGAUAUGAAUUCGGGUUCAAGGAGCUUGGUAAAUCUGAGAAUGAGAUGUUAGAACCUCAGUGGUUGGGGGGAGUGAGUAAUGAGACCAUGACAAGACCGCCACCUAUUGGGCUGGCUUUCUCGGGUAUGUUGCUGGGAUUGUAUGCCUUCGCUGAGUUUCGGAAGUGCACAGAGCCAGCCGAUUUCCACUAUGCGGAAUUUAGAUUGCGCGAUUAA